UCUCUCUCUCUCUCUCUCUCUCUCUUUAAUAUUUUGUUUUUCUGGGCUGGAAGGACCUUUUUAUGUCAUAGGCUUUCUAUAUAUAAGGGUGUCUUUGACUGAAGUUUCAUUCAGCAGCGCUUUCAGCACUUCUCUUAUCUCUUAUCUCUCAACAUAGCCAUAGCAGCUUUCUUUGAAGAAAAGGAGGCUUCAUUAUUUACAAGACAAGCUAGCUAGUUAUGGCUAUACAGAUCGAGCAACCUUCUGCAGUGGGGCUAUCAAAAGUUGCAGUUUCUGACACUCAUGGGGAAGACUCCCCGUAUUUUGCCGGCUGGAAAGCAUACGAUGAAAACCCUUAUGACGAACUCAGUAAUCCAUCGGGUGUCAUACAGAUGGGGCUGGCAGAAAAUCAAGUUUCAUUCGACUUGUUGGAAGAGUACCUAGAAAAGUAUGCAGAAGCCUCUAGCUUGGGAAAAGGUGUAUCUGGCUUUAGAGAGAAUGCUUUGUUUCAAGAUUACCAUGGACUUCAAUCAUUCAGAAAGGCAAUGGGAAGUUUUAUGGAACAAAUAAGAGGGGGGAGAGCAAAAUUCGACCCUGAGAGAGUAGUCCUGACUGCAGGUGCGACUGCUGCUAAUGAGCUGUUGACCUUCAUUCUGGCAGAUCCUGGAGAUGCUUUGCUUGUUCCAACCCCAUACUAUCCAGGGUUUGAUAGAGAUUUAAGGUGGAGGACAGGUGUAAAAAUUGUUCCAAUCCACUGCCACAGCUCAAACAAUUUUCAGAUCACUCCACAAGCUUUAGAAGCUGCAUAUAAUGAUGCAGAAGCCAUGAACAUCAAAGUGAGAGGGGUGCUAAUCACAAACCCGUCAAACCCAUUAGGAGCAACAAUCCAACGGUCAACUCUUGAAGAGAUUCUUGACUUUGUCACUCGCAAGAACAUCCAUCUUGUCUCUGAUGAAAUCUACUCAGGAUCCGUUUUCUCGUCGUCUGAAUUCAUAAGCGUUGCUGAAGUCCUUGAAGCCCGUCAAUACAAGGAUUCAGAGAGAGUACACAUUGUUUAUAGUCUUUCCAAAGACCUCGGCCUUCCAGGUUUUAGAGUUGGGACAAUAUAUUCCUACAACGACAAGGUUGUGACUACAGCAAGGAGGAUGUCGAGCUUCACCUUAAUUUCUUCUCAAACACAACAUCUCCUGGCCUCCAUGUUGUCUGACAAGAAGUUCACAGAGAAUUACAUAAAGACAAACCGAGAGAGACUAAGGAAGAGGUUUGAAAUGAUCAUUGAAGGCCUAAGGAGCUCUGGGAUUGAGUGUUUGAAAGGAAAUGCAGGGUUGUUUUGCUGGAUGAAUCUAAGCCCAUUGUUGCAGAACCAAACUAGGGAAGGUGAAUUGGCUCUUUGGAACUCUAUGCUGCAUGAAGUGAAACUAAAUAUAUCUCCAGGAUCUUCUUGCCAUUGUUCUGAACCAGGUUGGUUCAGGGUGUGCUUUGCCAACAUGAGCGAGCAAACAUUACAAGUUGCAAUGGAAAGAAUUCACAAUUUCAUGGAACAAAUUAGAGAAAGAGAUGGAAAUCUAGUAAUCUCUUCUGAGUGAUCUUCAUUUAUUUAAAAAAAAAAAAAGUGGUUCUACCCAUUUUGAUUCUUUGGAUGAUAAAACCCAUUUCAACAUUUGGGAUUGUCUCGUGAUUAACGAUUAUACUCGUACAACAGAAUGAACUCCAAAGUAUUAUUGUUUUCUUGCUUUGCCAAAAGCAAGUUCCCAGAAGUUCCAUUUGUAUAUUGAUCAGAAGUAAAAAGUACCACUGCAUGCUGAA